GGCUAAAAACAAAAUGAUUUUUAUACGUAUUUCAUGAUAUUAUCUUUUAAAUUAAAACAUCGUAAAUUGUAUAAAGUAUGUGUUGCAUAUUUACAUACAUAGCGUGGACUUUUGAUUUCAUUCAGAGAAUAUGGAGUUUUCUAAUGUCAUGCUGUAUUGGUGGAGCUGUUUGUUUAUUAUUUUUUAUAGCAGUUGCAUCUGGGAUAGCGUUUGGCUAUCACUACUCUAUGUCUGAAUAUAUAAAAUACAAUGAUUCACAGUUGACCAUUAGUUUAACGCGAGAUAUGAACAAUCCUGUAGACGCGGAUACUUGGUGGUAUGAAGAUCCCAAGAUGUUUCUAAGACAUCAUGGACGUAAAAAAUUUAUUGCACCAACUACCGAAGAGGACUUCGACGUGGUUUUAACGGAAGACCUUACAGCAACAGAACAAACGACAUCAGAACACACAAUAUCACAACGAAAGACAACUGAAACGGUUAUACCAAAAAAUCUUAUUUUCGCCGUCACACCAACAAAAGUUCCAUUAAAUGAUGUUAUAAAAAAGUUCCCACAAGGCUCCGUCAAUGAGAUGAAAGCAGCAAUGGAUCGUGUGUACUACGUAAAUAAAGCGCGGAAACUUACGAGAACUGCCAAGAAGCGUACAUCAGUGACUUAUGCGCGGGUAUCAUCAAAAAGGAAAACAGUCAAGCCUUUCGAAUAUAUCUCCGAUUACGAUGACAUGUUAAUGAAAGCAAGAACAUUUACACCCAUCGCUCUAUUUUCUGAAUACGACGAAACAGAGAUAGAAAACUGGCGUAGAGUUGCACAGAGUAUGCUAUACGAUUAUCCUGAAGUACACGAAACUGAUACAAGACCUAAAGAGGAAGCGUAUCCUAUAUAUGAUAGUGGAGCUGUAAGAAAGGAUUACACUGGUUCUAGGAAACAUUUUAAAUCUGCAUACUAUUUUAUUGAUCCAUCCUAUAUGACGAGAGCAAUAACAACAAAUAAUGAUGACGAUAAAGGGAUUACCAAAUCAACAAAACGUUUGAAGUAUAUAUUUAAGUCUACACCUAUUAAACAUGAGUACACUGCAGAAAUAAUUGAACACGGAGGGCGUGUUAUUGAAAAGGCUGAAGGAGAUAAUGAAACAAAAGUAUACUUAGGUAAAGUACUGUCAGGUUAUGGUAGAUAGGCAAUAAAUUAAGUGAGAUAAAAAUGGAUUAAUCUUACAUGAAUGAUUUAAAUAUCCUAAAGAGGUGUUAAACGAUUAUUUUUAUCUUUAUAAAAAGUGUAAAGAUAUAAAUUUUAAUUAGCAAGAGCUAGCGGAUCGGAUGAAACAAUUCUCAAAUUAUUUUUUGGGCUAUGUAAAUUCUUGUAACUAAUUACAAGUGUUAAAUGGAUAAUCAAAGCAUACAAACUCGAUUACUGGAGUAUUAGUAUGUGAUUUUUUAGGUUUGGGUAUCGCACCUCGUUUUCUAAAUAAGUCUUAGAGUAUAAUUUUAAACAUCUUGUUACCAGUAAAGAAUAAAAUUAUUUGGAACAAAAUUAAUGUAACGUGAAUUUAGUAAUAGUGAAUGUGACGUCAUUUGUGACGUUCUCGUGCGAUAUUGUAACGUGAAACGUAACGUUUAUUGUAAAUAUAAGUAAAUAUU